GCCCCAGCCACAGGAGAAACAGUCCCCAGGCCCCCGCAGCAAGGCUGGCUUCACCACAGCUCACGCAGGGAAAGGGGAGCAGCCUCGUGGGCUUCUUGAGGUGCUUAAGGCACAGGGGUCAGCCGAGGCCUGGUCCUCUGACCCUGGGUCCGACCGCCGCCGGCUUCAGGAUGGCCCCUGUUCUGUGUUCACACUCCGCGGACCGGGGCCCCCUCCCGGCCCCGCACAGCCAGGCCGCCUGGCCUGAUGUGAGUGAGCGUGACCCUGGCUGGGGCCUGGGUGCCAGGAUAGGGGCACCAGGGCACACGUGGCCACUCCCCGGCCCCACAUCCCCUGGGUGCCACCUUCCCCGCCCCGGCCACCCUGGGGCAGGUGCAGGUCCUGGGCUGCCGGCUGCAGCCCGGGGAUGGCUGAGGGGGACGGCACGCGACUCCAGCUCCAGGCUGCCGGAGUUGGGGGGCCUUGCUGGGCUCCUGGCACCAGGAAUCAGAGAAGCAGUAACUGGAUCUGGCGGGGGUUCUGGCGGCCGCCGGGGCGGAGGGCUGCGAUCGGGUUGCGGUCUCGCUGAGUUUUCCACCAGGCAGCUUUCUCGACGUUGGGAAGGAGCUGGGCUGGUGAGUCCGUGCACUGGGUCUGGGGGCCCUGGCGUGGGGCACAGCGAGGAGAAAGCCUGAGCGGCGCAGGGGCCGGGAGGCGGGGCACAGGGCCGGACGGCCCCAGUGUGGACAGGGAGGUGGUCAGCCCUCGGCGGGCGGAGCUCUCCACCCCUGCUGGCCCUGGGGCUCCGGCCGCUGGAGCAGUCCGCGAGUGGCUGAAAUCCAAGCUGGGGUAACAAAAGGCAGCCGCUGUCCCUAAGCCGGCGCAGCUCUGAUCCGCCCCCCCCGCCCGUCCGCUGCCACCCGCGGGCCCGCAGCCACUGGCCAGAGGGUGGCGGGUCCAUGCCGCCGGCCGGGCCUCGGGGGGACCUCGGGGGCUGUGAGCACGCGGAGAGCGCCUCGCAGGCCCCUCGCGGGGUGCUGGGCCGGCCCUGAAGAUGCCCACCAACGGCCUGCACCAGGAGCUGAAGGUCCAGUUCGGCCUCGUCAACGACACCGGCCGCUACCUGACGGCCGAGAACUUUGGCUUCAAGGUCAACGCCUCGGCCCCCAGCCUCAAGAGGAAGCAGACGUGGGUGCUGGAGCCUGACCCGGGGCAGGGCUGCGCCGUGCUCUUCCGCAGCAGCCACCUGGGCCGCUACCUGUCCGCCGAGGAGGACGGGCGCGUGGCCUGUGAGGCCGAGCGACCGGGCCGCGACUGCCGCUUCCUGGUGCUGCCGCAGCCCGACGGGCGCUGGGCGCUGCGGUCGGAGCCGCACGGCCGCUUCUUCGGUGGCACCGAGGACCAGCUGUCCUGCUUCGCCACGGCCAUCUCGGCGGCCGAGCUCUGGACCGUGCACCUGGCCACCCACCCGCAGGCGCACCUGCUGAGCGUCAGCCGCCGGCGCUACGUGCACCUGUGCGCGCAGGAGGACGAGAUGGCGGCCGACAGCGACAGGCCCUGGGGCGUGGACGCGCUCAUCACGCUCAUCUUCCGGAGCCGGCAGUACUGCCUGCGGUCCUGUGACAGCCGCUACCUGCGCAGCGACGGCCGCCUGGUGCGGGAGCCUGAGCCGCAGGCCCGCUACACACUGGAGUUCAAGGCCGGCAAGCUGGCCUUCAAGGACACCGACGGCCACUACCUGGCGCCCGUGGGGCCGGCCGGCACACUCAGGGCGGGCCGCAACACGCGGCCGGGCAAGGACGAGCUCUUCGACCUGGAGGAGAGUCACCCGCAGGUGGUGCUGGUGGCCGCCAACCACCGCUACGUGUCCGUGCGGCAAGGGGUCAAUGUCUCAGCCAACCAGGACGAGGAGCUGCUUCAUGAGACCUUCCUGAUGCAAAUUGACCAGGAGACGAGGAAGUGCACCUUCUAUUCCAGUACCGGGGGCUACUGGACCCUUGUCACGCACGGGGGCAUCCACGCCACAGCCACACAGGUUUCUGCAAACACCAUGUUUGAGGUGGAGUGGCGUGGCCGGCGGGUGGCCCUCAAGGCCAGUAAUGGCCGCUAUGUGUGCAUGAAGAAGAACGGACAGCUGGCGGCCGUCAGCGAUUUUGUGGGUGAGGACGAGGAGUUCAUUCUCAAGCUCAUCAACCGGCCCAUCCUCGUGCUGCGGGGCCUGGACGGCUUCGUCUGCCACCGCCGGGGCUCCAACCAGCUGGACACCAACCGCUCCGUCUACGACGUCUUCCACCUGAGCUUCAGCGACGGCGCCUACCAGAUCCGAGGCCGCGGCGGCGGGUUCUGGUACACCGGCAGCCACGGCAGCGUGUACAGCGACGGCGAGCGGCCCGAGGACUUCGUCUUCGAGUUCCGCGAGCGCGGCCGCCUGGCCAUCCGCGCCCGGGGUGGCAAGUACCUGCGCGGGGGCGCCUCGGGGCUGCUGCGCGCGGACGCGGACACGCCGGCCGGGGUCGCGCUCUGGGAGUACUGAGCGGGGGCGCGUCCCCCCCAUUAAACCGUGUCUG